AUGUUCUCCACAGCGUCUCCAGACUCUGUCACAUCUGUCACAUGUGCUCAGUGUGAACCUGCUUUCAUCUGUGAAGAGCACAGGGUGCCAGUGGCAAAUUUGCCAAUCUUGGUGUUCUCUGGCAAAUGCCAAACAUCCUGCAUGGUGUUGGGCUGUAAGCACAACCCCCACCUGUGGAUAUCGGGCCCUCAUACCACCCUCAUGGAGUCUGUUUCUGACCGUUUGAGCAGACACAUGCACAUUUGUGGCCUGCUGGGGGUCAUUUUGCAGGGCUCUGGCAGUGCUCCUUCUGUUCCUCCUUGCACAAAUGCGGAGGUAGCGGUCCUGCUGCUGGGUUGUUGCUCUCCUACGUCCUCCUGCACGUCUCCUGAUGUACUGGCCUGUCUCCUGGUCCCGAAGAACCAGCAGCACCUUUUUUUCUCGAAGUCAUGGAACAGCCCUCCAUCUAUCGAGUCGGUGAAAUCCUGGACUCUAGGUGACAGUGGUCUUGAGUACCUUGUGGACUGGGAGGGGUAUGGGCCAGAGGAAAGAUCCUGGGUGGCCAGGGAUGACAUUCUGGACCCUUCCUUACUGAUGGAAUUCCACCACUGCUAUCCUAAUCAACAAUCCUCCAAUGACUCCAUUCCCAUUGUCCCAUCAGCUCCAACACUCCACCGGUCCUCGGAUUACCUGCAAGACAAGCACAAAGUCACUGUGAGAGAGAAAGAGAGAGCACUGAAAGGCUUUGCAGAAAUGUCAACUAUUACAGGAAAUCUGAGGAUUGUACUGCUGGGUAAAACUGGAUCAGGAAAGAGUGCAACAGGAAACACUAUCCUGGGGAGAAAUGCGUUUGUUGAAGACUUCAAUCCAGAUUCAGUUACUCAAAUUUGUGAGAAACAAAAAGCAAAAAAAGGUUCAAGGACUGUCACUGUAAUUGACACUCCAGGGCUGUUUGACACAUGGAUGGGUGAGAAGAGGGAUAUGAAUUCUGACUUACAGGUGACUGAAGAAAGACUUAAGGCUGAAAUAGCGAAGUGUCUGGAGAUGUCUGCUCCUGGUCCUCAUGUGUUCCUGCUGGUCAUCAGACUGGACCAGAGAUACACAGAUGAAGAAAAGAACACAGUCAAAUGGGUUAAGCAGAACUUUGGAGAAGAAGCAUCACGCUACAUCUUCACUCUCUUCACUCAUGCUAAUUAUCUGAAGAGCAAAAAACUGAAGGAUCAUAUAGAAGAGAAUGAAGAUCUGCAACAGUUUGUUAUCAGCUGUGCUGGCAAAUAUCAUUCAUUAGAAAAUGACAACAAAACAAAUCGGUUUCAGGUCACAGAACUACUGGAAAAGAUAGAUAAAAUGGUGGAGAGAAAUGAAGGAAAGUACUACACUCCUUUAAUGUAUACACAUGUCCAGAGAAGAUUAACCUAA